GUACCAUGUACAUUCACGUUUCACUCCACACUCUGCUUCGUGUCACGUGCGUGCCAAUCUGUAUCAGUCUAUAGACACGUGUUGACAAUCGAAUCCAUGCCGGAUCUCAAGACGCUAUCAACGGCCACGAUCCGUAUCCAUUUCCUCUUUGUCCCAAAUCGGAAGCUCGAAGCACAAACCUCGAGCUCCUUCCUUCCAAGCUCGCAGCCAUGGCGGACGCUUCUUCCCCGUCCCUCUCCUCCUCCUCCUCCUCCGAAGACUCUGAGAUCAGCGAUUCCGAGCUCGAUCUCUACGAGCAGAAGUACCUCCACAUGCUCAAGACUACCAACCCUAGAAUCAAGAACCCUGAUGGCACCCUUCGAUGCCCCUUUUGCGCCGGAAAGAAGAAGCAGGGAUUCAUCUACAAGGACCUUCUCCAGCACGCCACCGGCAUUGGCGCCUCCUCCGCCCGCGCCCCCAAGCUUCGCGCCACCCAUCUCGCCUUCGCGCGCUUCCUCCAAACCGAACUCUCCGACGCCGCUGGCCCAUCGGCUCACCUUCCUCCUCCCAAGCCCCCACGCCGCUCGGAUGACGACCGGUUCGCCUGGCCCUGGACGGGAAUUCUCGUCAACGUUCCCAUCAAUGAAGAAUCCCGGAUGGAGCUAGAACGCCGGCUUGCUGGUUUCAGUCCGGUGAGUAUGCUGCCUCUCCGGAAUGUUUCCGAUCAGGAAAAUGAGUCCUCGAUGGGAUCUGUGGUGGUAGAGUUCAGCAAAAGCUGGUCGGGGUUGAAGGAUGCCAUGGCGUUUGAGAACCAGAUGAAUGCGAGUCGGUUCGGGAAGAGAGAUUGGGAGGAGAAUGGAGAUCGGAAAGAGGGGUUCUACGGCUGGAUUGCUCGUGGUGAUGACUAUGAGUCGGAGAGCCGGGUGGGAGAGUAUCUCAGGGCGCACACUGAACUGCGGACCAUUCCUGAUGUUGCCAAAGAGGAAUCGAGGAACUCUGGGAAGCUCGUCGCUAUCCUCUCUGAUGAAAUUGAAGCUAAGAAUGAGAACCUGAGGAAUUUGGAGUGUAAGUACAAUGAGAUAGCUAUGGCAAGGCAGCGUGUGAUGGAAGAUAAAGAUAAGAUUCACCAGGCUUACAAUGAAGAGAUGCGAAACAUGCAGCGGAUUGCUCGUGAGACUGCUCGUAGGAUUUUUGAGGAAAAUGUAAAAUUAAGGUUGGAAUUGGACUCAAAGAGGAAGGAAGUUGAUUUAAGAUGCAAGCAGCUUGAUAAAUUUGAGGCCAAAAGUGAUGGUGAAAAGAAUAUACUUGAGGAUGAGAAGCAAAAGACUGCAAUGGAAAAUUCAUCACUUGAAUUGGCAUCCAUGGAGCAAAAAAAGGCUGAAGAAGAUGUCAUGAAACUGGCUGAGGAUCACAAGAAAGAAAAAGAAGCUGCUCUUGCCAAAAUACUUCAACUAGAGAAACAAAUCGACCAAAAACAACAGCUGGAGUUGGAAAUAGAGCAAUUGAAGGGUAGGUUACGUGUUAUGAAGCAUUUGGCUGAAGAAGAGGAUUUGGAUCUUCAGGAAAGGGUGGAUGCACUAAACCAAAAGCUUGAAGAUGAAAAGGAAUGCCUUGAAAAUUUGAAUGGGGCUCUUGUUUCCAAAGAACGUGAAAGCAAUUUUGAGUUACAAGAAGCCCGAAAAGAAUUAAUCACGGGUUUGGAUGAUUUGUUGAAUGGGCGAAGUGUAAUUGGAAUCAAAAGAAUGGGUGAACUUGAUGAAAAGCCAUUUCAAGUUGCAUGUAAAAAAAGAUAUUCUGCUGAUGAUGCAGAUACAAAAGCUGCAGAGUUAUGCUCUGCUUGGCAAGAGGAACUUAAACAACCAUCAUGGCAACCGUAUAAGAUUGUUGACGUUGACGGAGUGAAGAAAGAAGUGAUAAAUGAGGAUGAUGAAAAGCUGAAAAAUCUAUGGAUUGAGCUUGGUGAUGAUGUUUAUAAUGCUGUGACCACUGCUUUGAUGGAGAUAAAUGAGUACAAUCCUAGUGGAAGAUAUGUCGUGCCUGAGUUAUGGAGUUUCAAGGAUGGACGAAAAGCAACCAUGAUGGAGGUAAUCCAGUAUAUCUUCAAGCAAUGGAAAAGCAACAAGCGCAAAAGACAUUAAAAAAGGACAUGAAAAGAAGAGCAUUCCAUUAUCGUAAACUUGGAAAAUAGUGCCGGAGAACUGCAGACUAAUGGUGUGCUUCUUGCAUGAAUGAUCUACUUGCCUUCUGCUUCAAGAGGUUACACAGCUACUGCUUCUGUGGUGCAGCAGGCUUGUUAAGCCUUGUACUUUUGCUUAAGAGCUGAAGUAUGUAUGACGGCUCUUGUAUGUUGGAAGUCUGUUAAGCAAUGUAGGAUUGCGUUUGCCCUUUGUUAUUGUCAACUUCUAAUCCAA